CCCCCAUCAUAGCACGGAACUGAACAGCCAUUGGAAACAACAUACAAACCUGUAAAUUUGAUAGUUCUUGUUUCAUCUGCCUGUGAUGAGUGGACUCUUUUGGUAUACACUAAGUUUUCUACUUUCCCAAAGACACCGCCUUUACCUCAGAUGCCCAAGGGAAGAGGCAUCCUUGUUUCCCACGGUGGAAUAAUUUUGUGAAAUAUACUUCGUGAUCGACCCUGGUUUCUCUUGAAAUGUAACAGAUCCCGUUGGAUUACAGAGCGGAAGUGGGACUGAUUUGAGAACUGAGUCGGGACUAUAAUGAGCGGACGACCGAGAACUACAUCGUUCGCAGAAGGUGGAAAACCAGGUCAAAAUACACCCUUUGGAGGCAUGAGGACCAUCAGUAAAGAUGGAAGCAAGGUCACAACAGUACUGGCAACCUCUGGGCAGGGACCAGAUCGGCCACAAGAAGUCAGCUAUACAGAUGCUAAAGUCAUUGGCAACGGAUCCUUUGGUGUGGUAUACCAAGCAAAGUUAGUUGACACAUCAGAGCUGGUUGCCAUCAAAAAGGUUUUGCAGGACAAGCGUUUUAAGAAUCGUGAAUUACAAAUUAUGCGUAAACUGGAACAUCAAAACAUUGUGAAACUGAAGUUCUUCUUUUACUCAUCUGGUGAAAAGAAAGAUGAAGUGUUUCUUAAUCUGGUCUUGGAAUAUGUACCCGAGACUGUGUAUCGCGUGGCACGUCAUUACAGCAAAUCCAAACAAACAAUCCCAAUACUCUAUAUCAAGCUAUAUAUGUACCAGUUGUUCCGAAGUCUGGCUUACAUUCACUCACAGGGAGUAUGCCACCGUGACAUUAAACCUCAGAAUCUGCUGUUAGAUCCGGAAACGGGAGUGCUCAAAUUAUGUGAUUUUGGAAGUGCCAAAGUAUUAGUACGUGGGGAGCCUAACGUAUCGUACAUCUGUUCACGCUACUAUCGUGCACCAGAAUUGAUAUUUGGUGCCACAGACUACACAUGUCAGAUUGACGUGUGGUCCGCAGGGUGUGUGCUGGCAGAGCUGUUACUAGGGCAGCCCAUUUUUCCAGGCGACAGUGGUGUUGACCAACUAGUGGAGAUUAUUAAAGUCCUUGGUACACCUACACGUGAACAGAUCCGUGAGAUGAACCCCAAUUAUUCUGAGUUCAAGUUUCCUCAGAUCAAGGCUCAUCCUUGGACCAAAGUUUUUCGCCCUCGAACACCACCAGAGGCCAUUCAGCUAGUGAGCCGCUUACUAGAGUACACCCCAUCAGCUCGCAUACAACCUCUUGAGGCUUGUGCCCACUCAUUCUUCGACGAGUUGCGGGACCCAAACACUCGACUACCUAAUGGCAGGGAACUACCACCUCUCUUCAACUUCACACCUACAGAACUGAGCAUUGACCAUCAGCUGAAUGCAGUUCUGAUACCUCCUCACGUACGCUCUCAGGGAAGCGAGAAUUCCCUUGGCCCGGGACCUACCAAUAAGGAAGGAGGGACAAAUUCACCCCCUGCCCUAGGGGAGGCAACCACUGGCGGGCCGGCUCAGGGAGCGCAAGCAGCUGGGACUUCAGCAUGAUAAGAGCAAGUCUUUUAGCAAAACAACUCCACCCCAGUUCCCUUCUUCAGCCAGCCAACUGUCAUGUUUAGAUCAUUGCUGCUUUUUUUUUUUUUUUUUUUUGAAAGUGCGGUUGUUGUUUUUUUUUUAAAUUUUAGUGAUUUGACAUCCAGGUUAGGACACAACUGUCUUAACACAUCAGCAUACAGUUACUUUGCAGGGAUAUGGCAAGUUUCUUUUUUAAUGUGUUUAAAAGAUUGAGGCAAAGACUCGACAAAAGAGGAAAUUAAGCAUUGGAAAAGAGCUUGCAGUAGGCUGUGGGAACAGCAGAUUGUACUUUAACGAGAUGACUGCCUAACAAUGUGAGCUUUGCGCAGAAGUGUGAGGAAGCAACUGCCAGAAACUGAUUCAUUUGUACACCCUCCACUUCCUUCCAACCUCAUUUGAUUUUUUUUUUUUUUUUUUUUUACCCAAGCACAAUUUCUUUAGUGUUGUGUUCUGUUGGUGUGCAAGCUGUGAUUAGAAUUUUGCCCCCACCCCCACAUUUUUUUUUUUUUUUUUUUUUGCAAGGGGUUUGGGGUAAUGAUUAAGGAAGUGUAUUUUGUGAAAGUGAUCAGGGAGUGCUCCACCUGUUUUUCACAUUUUCUAUGACGACAUUCUUUGGCUUUCUAACCACCAUCUUUAUCCUGUGAUUUUGUAGUGUUACCAUGGAUUUCAGGGAAAGAAAUUCAGUCACAUUUCUCCCCAAUGGUAGAGAUUUCUUAUUAUCUUGUUCCUCACUUGCUGCAUGGUCAGUUCUGUCCUCUGUUUUGGUUCUAUUUGAUAGCGGAUGUCUUGCAGAGAGAGCUUUGGUUCAUGUUGACUACAGAAUUCAUUAUAUUUGCAAUUGUAGUGAUAGAAUGUAGGGAGUGAUUUGGUGCAAGAAUGAAUUAGGCUAAUUUCUAGGACUGACUGGAUUGGCAGAAAUUCCAUAUAGAAAAAACCAGUUUUAUAUUUGGAUUUGUUUUCUCUUGGCCUUUUUUUUCCUCGCUCUCUCUUUGUACCAUACUUAUCUUGUUGCCCUAUUUAUUAACGGAAAACUUGCAAAAAGAUGUCUAUUACUUUAUCAGAAUGCAUUAAGUGAACUAACUGUAUGCUCUUUUCAGAAGAGAGUUAUCUUUGCUCUUUUUUUAUGUGUUGAGAAGGUGUUAACUCAUCACCAAUAAAUGCAGAUCUAGAUGUUGAAUAGUUGAGGAGAGGUGUCAUUGAAUUAUGAAGCUGCAUUUUGAAGUCCGCUGGAUUUUUUUCUUUCAGCUGUAAUAAGCAUUGGAGUGCAUGUGUGUGUGCAUAAAUGCACAUUUCUUCUAAGCCAGUAAGAGCUAUUUCAAAUGGAGUGUGCUGGAAGAGCAACAGGAAGAGUUAGCUGUUCUUGUGUUAAAGAGCUGUAAAGACAUACUUUGUAGUGUGAAGACAAAUAUUACUAUGUCAGUACGACUUUGUACUUUCAACCAGUUUAUGUUGCCCAGGAUUCUUUGGGUACUGUACUUUUGGAUAACUUGGGUGUUCAUAUGAUGGAUAAGUGUAUAGCAAUGGUCUAUUUUGGUGUGCAAGCGAGUUUUUAAUGCCAUUUUUAAAAAUACAUUAAUUGGUCAGAAUGCAUUAUAAUAUGUAGCAUUGUCUUGUUUGCCACUUCUGUACUCUCUAUUAAAAUUUGCUUUGGGUGUGAAGAUUAUUAAGCGUCAUCUCAGCAACUUAACAUUUUAAAUGCCACUGUUUGUGCAGAAAUGGCAAAGAAAUAAUCUCAUUUUGUCAGUGAUGGAUUUUUUUUUUUUUUUUUGGGUGGGUUUUCGAGUGCGAAAAUUAAACUACUUAGAACGAAAGAAAACAAGGUUAUUGGAAACAGAUCAUUUUAUAUUUGUGCUUAUUGAUUGCAGAUAUGACAGUUCAAUGCACUGUAUGAAACAUUUCCCUCCUAUAUUCUUUUCAUUCCUUUUACAUUUAUGAACCUAACCACCACUUUUUAUCCUGCCUGUCCCAAAAUGUUUAGUUUUGUAAAACUAGUCUAUUAGGUAGCAGCAGAUAGAAAUUGACAGAAGUAGAGUUACUAAUUCUGCUUUGUCAGCUGGGGAAUAUUGUGUGCAUGGGGUAUUGUGUAUGCAUAUUUGUUGAAAACAGACUUGUUAUCUUCUGAAAGAAUUAGCAUUUGUGUUUUAAUUGAUAGUUGGAUUUGUGAGUCUUGUUGUAGGUACACUGCAGUGGCCUCCUUUCUCUCUCAUUUGUGAGUAAAUUGGUGCAAGUGUUUUGUAGUGUCUGAGAGUCCUUUGCAAUAUAAUGGUUCCAAUUGUUAAAUGGUUACAAUUCCCUUUGUCUUUUAUUUAUGAUGUGAUUUAUUGCUCCCGAUGUUGGAAUCUUUUAAAAACAACUUGAUUUUUCAAAAUUAGAUUCUAUCUUGUGUAUAUUUUUUGCAGGGAACUGGUUGUUUUUCUCAAAGUAACUUAAGAAAUGUCCAAGAAGUUAUUUCCUACACAAGUCAGUAGUGCUGAGUCCAAGAAAGAAUUUGCUUAUCUUUAUAAGACAGUACGUUUUAUAGGCAAUGAUGGGUGGAGUCUUAGAGGAUUUUUCCAAACCACAAUUCCAUGUGCUUGUGCUAAUGAAAUCAGAAGAGAUGUUUAACCCAGAGGAAAUAACACAUGGCCUACGCUUUAACAGGUCGGAGUAAAAUGUUUAAAAUGAAACCUGUUGCAGUAGUGUCCAGAAAAUCUAGAAGAAUGCAUUCUAGGACAUGGUCAUGUUGAUGGACAUGUAUAUGGGGCUUAUGCAUAACUAGGACGUCUGAAGAAUUGACAGUGUCAAGAAACAGGAGAGAUCAAAAGCUGGUGCAGAUGCCUAUGGGAGGGAUGGGGGGCUAGGCAUAUUUAUCAGGGUAUGUCUUGUGAUCAUGCCUGCUUCUCUGCUAUUGAAACAAAGUGUCAGUAAUUAGCAGCAGAUAUUGUCAUCACAUAUUUAUUGAUGGUUUGUAUGGAAGAAUGAGUGAGCGCUUGAUCUGAUGUUUCCUAUUGGUAGAAAAGCAAUGGGUGUGAGUAGAGACAUCAAAGCCUUCCCCCUCCUCUCUCCUCAGCACAUAGACCCCCUUUUUAAAAAUAAAUUCCUAAAAUUUCAUCUUGAGCAGAAAUUGUUUCACUUAAGGUAAUUUCCUGCUUGCUUACUCAUACCCUGGCAUAUGCAAAUAUGAUGUGCACAUUUUUCAUUUCUGUGGUUUUGGGGGUACAUGUAUAAACAUAGUGUACCAAGGCAGUGUCACUGAAUGUGGAGAGGGCGCUCCUGGCUGACUUGAAUUUUUUUUUUGGUUUUGUUUUAUGAAGAUAUCAGUGGGGUGGUGAUUUUUCUGUUUGCUUUUUAAUCCCUACCUUUAUUUUACUCACGUUUUAGAUCCCAAGGAGUGUAUGGGAGGUUUCAUAUCUGUAUGACUAAAUGUGACAGAUCUGUGGGCAUGGUCAUCAGUCAAAACUGGCUGAGAAAUGUUUUAAGUCGCGUUAUAGGCAUGCGCACAACAGAUGCACUGUUGUGUACCCUAAGGGGCAGGUGCACACUUUCUACAAAGAAAAGGGUUCAGUUUUAACAGUUUUAUAGAUGGCAGGGUUGUUUGUUUUUUGUUUUUUUUUUUUUUUUCCUUGCAAGUAUCAAUAAGGGCAUGUGGAAAGGCUUUUGAGUCCUCAUAUCUUUGUUUUCCAAAUUUCAGCAUUCAUUUGAUUUUACAAAAGAGCCUCACCACACAAAUGACGUUUUAUUUUAGAUUCUAGAUGGUCUUUGUAUGUAACAGUGUAAUAUAUGAGAUUCGGUAAAUAAAAAAACGUUCACAGAUUGACACAUGCUGUGUCCUUUCCGUUCUGUACAUAUUCUUGUGCAUGUAUAUUUGCUGCACGGAUCUUGUAAAUUGGUGGUUUUGGGGAAUGCUUCAGUCAUACCUUUUUGUAAUGCAUGUAUGAAUGUGACGGUUGACCAUCACAAAGCGAGAAACAUCUCAAAUCUUUGGAAUCGAACACCUUUCUCCAACAUGGUAUAUUUCCCCUUGCCUGCCACCUUUUUUGCAGCACACACAGACUCCGAUUACCAUUUGAUUAUUGUACAAAGUAUUGGUGUGUAAACUUCGCCAGUGCAUAGUUCCUGUAAACCAGCAGAGAUGAAUGGAUGAUGAACAAAAUGUUAAUCUUUUCAUUGUGACCUAUGUGCAAAAGGGACAGAUACAUGGCAAGUUUGAUUUCUCACUUAUAUGUGAAUGGUAUUGAUGUUUCACUGAGAUAGCGAAUAGAAAAAGUUCUGAAAUGAA